AUGGGUGAUGAUGGUUUUAUCAAAAUUUGGGAGAUCAGCGAAACAAAAUCUGUCCCACUGAAAGUCAUCGAAAACGCUCAUCGCGAUCACAUUCGUUGUGGUGAUGCUUCGGCUCACAGCGACCAUCUCUUUGUUAGCGGCUCAUACGAUCAUACAACAAAAGUUUGGGAUACUCGCAAAGAUGAAUUGGAACCUCUGUUAUCGAUGGACCAUGGUUUUCCGAUCGAACAGGUUCUCUUCCUUCCCGGUGAUGCAUUUAUUGUUACGGCUGGUGGCGAAUUCAUCAAAAUCUGGAAUGUUGCGUCCGGCGGAAGCUUGCAUCACACACUUCACAAUCAUCAUAGAACGGUGACGGCGCUCUGCUUAGGAUCGAAGGGAACUCGACUUCUUUCUGGCGGUCUCGACAGGCGGAUCAAUGUUUUCAGCCUUAAUACCGGUGAUUAUGCUCUGCUCCAGACUCUUUGCACUUCUGCUCCGGUGCUGCUUAUGGAAUUUUUGCACAAAUUUUCGUAUAUUUUUGCAUAA